AUGCUGGGCGGUGUGCUGGCGACCGCUGGCGGGCGCCGAGGAGGCGGCGGCGGCGGCGGCUGCGGCGGUGGCGUCGGCAGCGGCGGCGGCUCCUCCGGCUCCCCCCCGUGCAGAGACCAUCCCUCUCCCCCAGGUUCUGACUCUCGGGCCUCGCAGCUCCGCUCUGCCGCCACCACACACCCGAAGCCGACCCUCGCGCUCCGGAGGCGCAUGCGCCCGGGCAGCGGCGGGGGGGGGGAGCGGGGAGGAGGGGCGAGCGGGACCCGGGCGGCAGAGACUACGAUGGAGCUGGCGCUGUGGCAGCCGGACGCUUCCCACCGGCGCGCGCGGCCCGCCUCCCUCAACGCGGGCGCGCGCUCGUCCGCCCGACCGCCCGCCGAGGCCGAGACGCCGAGUUCCUCCCAGCCGGCGCGCAAGCGCGCGAGGAUAUUAGAAGACUAAACAAGCACUGCAAUCCCUUACACAGUUACAACAAUUACAGAACAAGAUGUGCCUCCUCAGGAGAUUACUAUCCAUUGAAAUGAUUUUUGGAUUUUUGACAACUUACUCAUAAAAAAGUACCACCACAACAGUGGCAGUCAUUCAUAAUUUAGUUAAGGCCUUUAACUCCACCCCAGAGGUUCACCUUGUCUUCAUGCAAAUCAGUCAUUAAAUGACAUGGAAAUAUUUUUUCUUGAAAGUAUUAUGGAAUUGAUUCCUCAGUAAAAGUAAAAGCAGAUCAACCUAUAUUCAGAUGUAGGACUAGACAUUUACAUUUGGCCAUUUCUCUGUCACAAUUAUCACAAGGAGUGUCAGGCCAGCAUACAGUUUUCUACACUCGUGAACUACAUAGUUCUAUAUACGUGGCUGCAGUUAGCCUUGAACUGACUGGCAGUUUUUCACGAAGCAUAAAUUUCUAUAUAAGUAGCCACAAUUUGAAACACACUUUAAAAUAUUAUGUAAAUUACUCAUUUAAAACCUGAGAGGUCCUGAAUUAGCUGCAUC